AUGGCAUUUGGUGGUGGCGGAUAUGCGAUAAGUCGACCUUUGGCUAAGGCUUUAGCUGGGGUUUUGGAUUCUUGUUUGGUGCGUUACCCAAAUCUCUAUGGUUCUGAUGCUAGGAUUUUCUCUUGCUUGGCAGAACUUGGUGUAAGUUUAACACAUGAACCUGGUUUUCACCAAGAUGAUUUAUGGGGAAAUUUAUUUGGAUUGCUUUCAUCGCAUCCAUUAUCACCAUUAAUAUCUCUUCAUCAUGUAGAAAGAAUGCAAUCAAUAUUCCCCAACAUGACAAAAAUUCAAGCUCUGAAACAUUUAUUCAAAGCUGCUAAUGCUGAUCCUACAAGAAUAUCACAACAAACUAUUUGCUACGACCGAAACAAUUCACUAUCUAUUUCAGUGGCUUGGGGUUAUGCAAUACAAGUUUAUGAGGGUAACAUUAAACUUCCUGAUCUUAUUACAGUGCUAAGGACAUUUGAACCAUGGGAUAAAGACAAGAAACGACCACGAUUUAUGUUUAGGACAAGGGUUGAGUCUAAUGAUCCAUGCAAGAAAAUGGUUGCCUUCUUAAAAACUAGUGGAUUCUUAUGGAAAUAA